CGUUCUUCUCGAUUCUCUUUUUAUUUCUUUUUCAUCUUCAUUUAGUGCAAUAAUUUUUUUAUACGUUACGCAAAAAUGUGUCUGUCGUCCGUUUCCACCGAGGUCAUCGGGUUUGUAGUUCGCGUCACGUAUUCAUUUGAAAAAUGUUAUUGGCUAGUCAGCUGUUAAGUCGGCUGCGUAGUUUUAGAAUACAUUGUUUUUGUUUUGGUUAAUUUCAUUUGUUUGCUAAAAACAAAAGUUUAUCAACGAAUUCAAAAAAAUAAAAUAAUUUCAAUAUGAUGCAAAACGGAAUGGAUUCACUACCACAUAAUGGUUCAAUACACACCUCAAGUACAAAUUCUCAUGCUUCACAAGGAAAUUCUUUAAAUGAAGAAAGCAAAACUAACCUUAUUGUAAAUUACUUACCUCAAACCAUGACUCAAGAAGAAAUUAGAUCACUAUUUUCUUCAAUUGGUGAAGUUGAAAGUUGUAAACUUAUUAGAGAUAAAGUUACAGGAUCUCUUCCAUCAGGUCAAAGUUUAGGUUAUGGUUUUGUUAACUACCAUCGACCAGAGGAUGCAGAAAAAGCAAUUAAUACUUUAAAUGGAUUAAGAUUACAAAAUAAAACAAUUAAGGUAUCUUUUGCAAGACCUAGUAGUGAAGCAAUCAAAGGGGCUAAUUUAUAUGUCAGUGGUCUUCCAAAACAUAUGACACAACAAGACCUUGAAAAUUUAUUUAGUCCAUAUGGUCGAAUAAUAACAUCAAGAAUUUUAUGUGAUAAUAUGACUGAUAUGUUCACAGUGCGACAGUUUGUGGGAAAUACUGGAGGAGAUCAUUCGCCGUCAAUUUCAAAAGGUGUUGGUUUUAUAAGAUUUGAUCAAAGAAUUGAAGCUGAACGAGCUAUUCAAGAAUUAAAUGGAACUGUUCCCAAAGGUUCUACAGAAUCAAUUACUGUGAAGUUCGCUAACAAUCCUAGUAGCAAUAAAGCGGUUCCUGCAUUAGCAGCUUAUUUAACUCCUCAAGGUGCACGGAGGUUUGCUGCUGGCCCUAUUCAUCACCCUACUGGGCGCUUCAGGUAUAUUCCACUCUCCCCUUUAUCCAGCACUGGAAAGACCAUGCUAGCCAUAAACAAAGGCUUACAGAGAUAUUCACCAUUAGCUGGCGAUCUGUUAGCAAAUUCCAUGUUACCUGGUAAUUCUAUGAAUGGAUCUGGUUGGUGCAUAUUUGUGUAUAACUUGGCACCUGAGACCGAGGAAAAUGUUUUAUGGCAACUCUUUGGUCCAUUUGGUGCUGUACAAAGCGUAAAAGUUAUCAGAGAUUUACAAACAAAUAAAUGUAAAGGAUUUGGGUUUGUCACUAUGACAAAUUAUGAUGAAGCAGUAGUUGCUAUUCAAUCUCUUAAUGGAUACACGUUAGGCAACCGUGUACUUCAAGUAUCAUUUAAAACUAAUAAAGGCAAAGGAGAUGCAUCCAGUUUAUUAAUGUCUCUUGCUGAUUCAUUAACUGACUGUUAAUGAUUUCAUCAAUCUUCAAAUGUUUUCAUAUGUUUACAUAAUUCUUCCUUCUAAAACAUCUUUAACCGACUUGCAAAUUCACUGAUAUUAACAUGUCUAAAGAAGGUAAAUUAUGUUAAUUUAUUAAUUAUAUUUUAUGUUAGAUACAUUUAAAUUAAAUCGCGUGCACCAUAAUAACGUUAUCAAAAUAAACACUUUUCAAUGCAUAUUAUAAAUAAUAUACAAAUUAUAAUUUUUUUUUUCCUAAAAAAAUGUUAAUAUU